CUGUACACUGUAUAUAUCACAAGCCAAGAUGUCAGUUUUCCGACAACCACCAUGGACAUCAGAUCGUACACGGAUUUCUCUAUCAUUUCCGCGAAGUAUAUAACACAGUACACAGGAAUAUGGCUACCACAAACUGUGACUGAAGAAAGGCAAAGGAAGAUAUCCGUGUCGUAUACCUCCUUCGCACUUCUAUAUGGGAUAUGGUUGCAUGUGAUGGAUAUUUACAACUCGUGGGGCGAUGCAGCUCGCUGUAUGUAUCUGACAAUGAACAUGUUGUGUAUCGGUAUGUCAACAAUUAAGAUGCUCAUCCUAAACUUUAAUAGAGCUAAAUUGACAGACGCUUUUUUCUACGCGCAACGGCACUUCUGGCAUCGCAAGUAUACUCCCGAGGAACGAUUGAUUUUUUCUGUAUCUGUAAAAUAUUGCACACGGUAUGCGAUCUUCGCACUCACUUUUGUACAUCUCAGUUUGUCCGGAUAUGUGGUCACACCUGUUGUUGAAAACCUUGGACGAAAUAAAUCGGACAGAAUACUUCCAUUCAAGAUAUGGACCGACUUGCCCUUAUCUGAGACACCGUAUUUCGAACUAAUGUUUAUUAUUCAGCUGAUUCACGAGUGAAAACGUAAGAAGUUUCCUUCACUGAAAUACACCGGAAAUGCAGCACGCGAAAAAUGCAUAAAAAUACGUAUGUACUUACCUGUAUAGUAAAACACACUUCGAAGUAAGACGAUAUUGAAGUGGGUAAGUCAAUCCACAAGUUAAAUGGUAAGAGCUUUUCGGAUUCGUCCUUUCCAAUAUUUUCUAAAAUAUACUGAAAAAAAAGAAACGUUAGACAAGAAUAAGUAUACUAUAAUAUUUAGUAAUUGAAAAUGAAAUAGAAAAGCCGUGUAAGUUCCACAAGAAAUGAACUCACCUAAGAUAGGCGUGAGAGCAUAACCGGCGCAAGUAAGUACCUUGUACACAAAAUGUAAUAAAAAAGAUGAACAUGUCGCACAAUAUUUUGCAAACCAUUAAAAUUUUCUGCUCUUGACGAUCGUUUCCUGGACUUAUGAAGUUCCGUUCCGCAGACAUAACUAAAUCGUAGAACUUCUGUCUGUGUACGUACAAAAGUACUACCUUAAAGAAACCGACUACCAAGUAUAGAAUGUUGCACAAUAUGUAGACGCAAUCCUAAAAUCGUUCAAUGAUAAAUUCGAAACCUAAAUUAUGAACUCGAGGUGAAUAAGAUUUUUAUACAAAAACAGACAAAAUCAAUUAAAUUCGUUAUAUACUCACGUUAAAGUUGCCCCACGAGAAAUAUAGAUCCCUUAUCUCGAUACAGGUGACGGUAAUCAAUGCGAAAAGUGUAUAAAUCAAACAAAAUUCCGACGCAACUGUUCUGCUCUAUUAGUCGCUAUCCAUAGUCCAAUUACUUUCAUUAGGAAGCACAUCCAAACAAUGGAACGAUCUUUACUGUGCACCAAACGCAUCGUGAACAUCGAAUAGCUGAAGAUAGGAAUGAUAGAUUCUCCCGGAAAUUCAACGAUCGAUUUUUAAACACGAAACGCCAAACAGGAUAUCUAACAAGAGCUGUUACUCUUUCUUUCUACUUACACUUCACGCGUUCUCUUUCAUAUGAAUCAAAAGCUACCAAUUAAGAGUAUAUUAUUCAUGACUCCAAUGAUACGGAUCGAAUCAUCCUCGUGACAACAAAAAAUAUACGCUAACCGUGACAGUACGUGAAAUUGAAAGUGAAGUACAGUGUU